AUGGAGGGUAACAUGGAUCUCCUUGCAUCCCAGGUCUUGAAUGAUGAUGUUGACAUGCAUUUUAUGGACAAAGCUCAUCGCCAUCCCUUUUCAGAUCCGUCAUGGUGCAGACGUAGAACGGAAGUACAAGGGGAUGCGAGUGAUGCGUGUCAGAAAAGAUACAACCACAAGAGGGUGACCUUUUCUCCCAUUGUUGAACUGCAUCUGGAAUACCAAGAACAGUUAUGUACAGCUGUCAUGUGCGAAACAGAUGCAUGUCGAACGUGGAGGCAUUUAUGGCACCUUCAUGGGCAGAUUGCAGCAUGGCCUGUUUUUCAAGCCGUUUUUGCAAAAAUGGCCGCUUGGAACAUGACCUAUGCAUGGAGUGGGAUACCGGCUGUGUCCAAUGACGAGGAAGUUCACGUGGUGCAGCAAGAAUCCAAUGAGCCAGCGGGUUUAUCUGAGAGUUGGUGGACAGCCAUUACACAAACAUGUUCUCAGAAUGAUCCGAGGCCAGAAUUUAUUGCAACGUGGUUCCUGUCACCUGGGCGUUUUCACCUGUGCAUGCGCCCCAGGAGAGUUGUCUUUCAUGGACACAUGGUUUUCUCGGAGUUUGAACAUGCGUGUCGAGAGACGUGGAAGGAGUUGAUGGAUGGUUCGCACCUGCGAUGGUAUGUGGUCCAUGGGCAGCCAGAAGGCCUGCCUAGCACCAAGGCACAUGUUAUCAUUGUUCAGGGUGAUGAUUCUCCGUGGUCAGUGCUCCUGAUGAAAGGAGUUGGUUUGCCACCCCUCAUGUCCACUCGAGCGGUUCUUUAUGCAAACGAGUGCGCUGUACGGGCAGUCUUCCGAGCAGCACAAUAUUCAGAGGCAUGUGCCAUGCAAAUUUUUUUGUGUUGCAUCCAGUAUGAGCAGUUGGGAGAAGCACAGCAAAUUGCUGAUGAUGAGGUGUGCAGAGUGCCACAAGCGCAGUAUGUGGUCGGUAAUCUGUGUCCUCUGGGUCUUUCCGAUGAGGAGGACAGCGGUGACGCCUCAUCUGCAUCAACAGAUAUCCCUUCAGAUGAAGAUGAUGAUGAUGCGGUCUCCUGGUUGUCGUCAUCAGUGACUGAAACACGGACAGCUUGGACAUGGGAGUUACAUCAAUUUUCCCAACACAUCAGCAGCAUUGAUGAGCUUCCUGACCGACCACAUGCAGAGGCACAUGAAAAGAAGGAAACCAAAGUCGACACCCUUUGGUCUUGGCAAGCGCAAGUUUUCAGGACAUCUCAGCAGGAGGACAAAGGCGGGGGUGAGGGUAACGUGGAUCUCGCCUGGCCUACAGAUGUUGAAUCUUCGUCCUUUGCUGAAACUGACGAAGUUGGAUGGAUGUCCAACAGACCAAUUGCCUUACAAUUUGAGCGUCCAGAUCCAUAUCCUUGGGAUGCCAUUGAAGAUGCUGACAUUGAGCAGGAAGAUGAAGAGUCUGAUGAUGAUGUCUCAUUUGCUCAUGGCCAUCAGGACCAGACGCAAGCUUUCCUCGAUCAAGCCUUGGAAGGUCUUGAGGAAAGUGAAAGGCGUUGGGUUGUUGUGACUUUUGGGCUUGGUCUUGUCGACUUAGGUAGAAGAGACACAGACUUCAACCCAUGGAGGCUUCAUGAAUUGGAAGGCAAGAUUCGCACGCUGUGGGAGGACCAUCUGCGAUAUGGCAGCCUUACAAUUUAUCAUGUCACGCCACAGCCAUGUGAAGUGGCUGGACCCAAUACGCUUGUGGUUUUGGUUGUCAUUGAGAGUCCGGAGGAUAUGAAUGAGGACGUGAGAAAUGUUCUCGUCAUUCAGCGGGGACCUCGUCAUUUGCCUCUCAGACCAGCGCCUUAUGGGGCCAAGAUUUUUACUGACAUUUCCAUUCGGGACGCUCUUGUUCAACUUGACAUGCACAAGCAUUGCAAACCAUUCAAGAUGAGGGAUUGCAUGAUCCGCUUGGGCUACAAUGUCAUGGAAAUGGAUCAGCGAUAUGAUGUCAGAGAUGGGAUGCUUUGUACGGUGCGGGUGGAAGACACACCAGAGUUGGUGACACAAGCUGGAAACAGCGUGGAUCGAGUUGAAGAUUUCUACCUGCAAGUGGAAGAGUUGCAGCACAUGGAGGGUGACAUCCAUCAGGUUAUCUGCCAUGUCCAUGGCAUUUCACCAGCAAACCGUCCUUUAGGUUGGCGGCAGCUAAUCCUGGAAGGUGAUGAUUUGCUACACUUGGAUUGGAUUUCGCAAAUGCAGCAGCUCUGGCCCUUUGCUCCUGAUAACGCCAGGGCUGUCUUUUGCACCAUGGCUACUGACGAUUUGCGAGAUGCUGAACACAUUCGGUUUCAUUUUAUUGUUGACUAUGGUGGCAGGGAAGGUUUUCCCAUCCUGGUGCAACAACAAAUCGUCUCAGCACAGUCUAUGCCAUAUCGUUCUGAAGGAGCCAAUGAAUAUUGGGCUAUCUCUGUGCUUGAAGGCCCUGUGUCGUUGGAUAUUGUGACAGCUUUAGCUAUCCAUCCCUUCUGGUUCGAUUAUGCCGUGUUGCAAGGAGUUCGUCCUCAUGUUCUUGUCAAUGGACGCAGAAUCAGUGGAUUGCAAACUAUGUGGCAAGCAGGGGACUUUGUGCAUGUGCGUCUUCAGGUCUGGCAGAAUCACCAUAUGCUUUCCAUCCUUUUGCAUGAGGGAGUGGAAGCUCCACCUGAGCCUGAGCUGGAGCACACUUCCUUUGUGCAGAUUCGCAGCAGCAAGAGUAGGUCGAAAAUGAUUGCUCUUGAACCCAUUGGAGAGAUCUGUGAGACUCUGCAGGUGGCAAACUGGCAUCUAUUGGAAGAGACGAGCAGAGAACCUUUGAUGGAAGGACAUCUCAGCAGUGAUGUAGAUGGCAGCAAUGAUGGGGGGGGUCCCCAAGACCACCCUGAAAUGGACAGUAUCAGUGAAAUUCAGCAACAUUUGCGCUUUGUGAUGAGUCGUGGGUUUGAUGGGAUCAACCAUGACUUCAUGCUGAUUCCUGAUCUCCACCCCUUUGCAAGGGAGGCAUGCAGGAUUACUGACGAUUGUCCAGGGAAGCAACCAGUGUUCCACAUCUACACUGAUGGUUCCAGCAAGAAUGAUGUGGCCACAUGGGCAAUCACAAUCCUGCAGCAAUCACAAUUUGAAGGGCGGAACCAAUUUCAUCGUGUAGGUUUUGCAGCAGGUUUUGUGCAGGAUGAUCUUGGCCCGUGCAACUCAUCAGCAAUGGAUGCGGAGGCCACGGCGAUCAUCGCAAUGGCAGAGGUUGCUUUGGGACUGUGCAAGCAGGAAGCGUGUUUUAUUCACUGCCACUUUGAUGCUUUGGCUGUAGGCUUUGGUGCAAUUGGGAUUUCCAACAUCCCCACGCAAAAGGAUGGCACAUCGCAACGCCAAGUUCAUGCUAGAAUCAUGAUGACGAUUCUUGAGAAAAGGACCCAGCAAUACGGAGGCACCAUUCAAGGGCUUCAUGUGCGUGCACAUCAGGGCCAGCCUUGGAACGAGAUGUCAGACAGUAUUGCAAAAGCGGUUUGGCGAGGAUGGAUACCUCCCUUGGCAUUUGAGUUUCGCUCAAGGGCCUUAUUGCAACAUAAGCUGGCUGCUUGGGCCUGGCUGGAGAUCUCCCCCAGCGUGGAACUCCCUGAUUUACGCACGAUCUUGCAAAAUCCCAAGCCGGAUGCUGAUCAGGGAUGUAUUGACUCCACUCUACGGCCUCCUAGGGGAGAUGGUAGUUCAAGCCAACAGUCGGCGAAGGUCAUUUUCGCCACAGUGAAUGUAAGGACCCUGGAAUAUGGUAGUGGAGAUGGCAGCAGCGUCAGUUGGAAAGUCAAUGAACUUUUGCACCAAUUUGCGAACAGUGGCAUCCACAUCAUAGGAGUUCAGGAAUCAAGGGCACGUGUGUCUUCCUGCGUGAACAUGGGGCCAUUCACCCGACUGAUCUCUGCUGGCGUGCAGGGACAAGCAGGAGUGGAGCUUUGGCUCAAUUGUGAAGAGCUAGGCCGCAUGUUUGGUGGGAAUGUCGUUGUUGACAAGGAUCUAUGCACCUGGCACUCCGACACUCGAAUUUUGGCAGUGCGGUGCAGUUUUGGUGCAGUGGUCUUUGAUGUGAUGGUGCUUUAUGCCCCACAGCAGGGACGAGGAAUUGAUGAGGUGUCGAAAUGGUGGAAUGAUUUGAAUGAUGUCAUGAUGCGACGUGACAGUAAUGUGCCGGUUUUCUGCUUAGGUGAUUUCAAUGCCAGAUUGGGAAGCAUCACCAGUGCAGGAUGCGAUGACCAUGCCUGGGAUAUUGAGGAUGAAGCUGGCAGCAGAUUGCGGCAAUUUGUUGACCGUUGGGACCUCAUGAUUCCAUCCACCUAUGCACAAUUCCAUGAAGGUCCCUCUGCCACCUUUAUGUCCCCCUUGGGAUACAGCAGCCGAAUUGAUUUCAUCUUGAUCUCCAAAGAUUCACAAGCUGGCAUCUUACGCUCCUAUGUUGACAAAGAGAUUGAUGUCCUCAAUGGGAGUGGUGACCACAGACCUUUGGUGUUAGAGGUGGGAAUGCAAUGGUCACCUACAAGAGAUGGCAGAUUUCUUCGUAGCAACUUUUAUGACCGGGAUGCUGCAAGAGACUGGUGCAAGUCAGGAGGCGUCCAGUUGAUGAACAUGCUGCCGGAGCAGUCAUGGUCGCAUGAUGUCAACGCUCAUUGGGCGAACAUCAGUCAACACCUGCAGGAAGGAGCUGCAAAGUUCUUCCCCAAAAAGAAGAGGAAGCCGAGGCAGUUGUACUUCAGUGACAACACAUGGAAUCUUUUGUGUGAUCGCAAAGAUCUACGCCAGCAGCAUCGAACGAUCCAGAGAGAGAUCAACGUGCAUGUGCUGAAGCGAUAUUUUGGUGCAUGGAGAGGCAAACAUGACCAUGUGGAGCAAAACAAAUUGGUUGAUUGGGAUCUUGCGUUGUUGCGACAGCAGGAAGCAGUGACGUUGGAAGCAAGGAUCAACAUUGAUGCCCGUUUCAGAUCAUGCAAAAAGUCUGAUUGGAAGAGAUGGAUCAAAGAGCAAUUGGACAAAAAAAUUCAGCAAACAAACCAUGCAAGCAAUGGAGAUUUGUUUAGCAUCUUGCAGCCGAAGAAGUUGAUAGCAAAGCAUGCUGGGAAGCUUACCAAGCCUCUUCCGGGCUAUCGCAGUUUGGAUGGUCAAUGGAAGUUUUCCAGGGACGACAUUGCAGAAGCGUGGCAACAGCAGUUUGCUGACAUCGAAAACGCUGAGACUGUGGCAUUUGAUGAUCUCUUGACCAAAUCCAAGCCCAAUUGUGAAGCUCGGACUGCUGAGCAGCUCUUGGAAAUGCCAACAUUGAUGGAUGUGGAAAAGGCUCUGAGACAGUUGAACUUGGCAAAAGCGGCAGGUCUAGAUGGACUGGGAGCUGAGCUCUUCAAGGGUGAUUGUGCUACAGCAGGAAAGAGGAUCUACCCGUUAGUCUUGAAAAUGGGUCUGAGAUGCCAAGGUGUACCGGAGCUCACAGGCGGAUGGCUCUUGCCUUUGUUUAAAGGUAAGGGCAGUGCUCAUGACAUGAAAGGCUACAGGGCGAUUUUGCUCGAACCUGUGGUAGCCAGAGUCAUAUCAAAGGCGUGGAGGCACAUCAUGGUGCAGGGCCUGACACGGGUUGCACGCCCAAUGCAGUGGGGAGGGCGCUCUGGGUUGUCCAUAGAGAGUUUGCACCUUCAAGUCCAAAUGUGGCAAGCGCAAGCUCGCCGGCAGAAAGAAUCUCAUGCACUUCUUUUCAUUGACAUUCGCUCUGCCUUUUACUCUGUGGUCAAAGAGAUGUUGACUGGGUGCGGAAAUGACGUGCAAAUCAGGCAUGUUUUCGAUCGCAUGGGUGUACCCCUCUCUGCAUGGGACCAGUUCCAAGCCAAUGUCAAACAUGAGAACAUUCUUGGACAAGCGACCCAGUCAAAUCUGACGGCAGACAACACGGGGGCUCUUCUCCAACAUACAUGGUUCACUAUCCCGGACGGCAGGAGCAUCCAGGCUCCUGCCACGGGCUCCCGCCCGGGAGACCCCGGAGCAGAUGUGCUCUUCAGCCUUGUGAUGUCUCGUAUUUUGGGGCAAAUCCAUGAAAGAGCUUGUCGAGCAGGCAUGCCACUUCACUAUCAAGACGACAUGUCAGGCAUCUGGGUCACACGAUGUGUGACGUGGGUUGAUGAUUUGGCCGUGUCAGUGUGUGCUGCUGCAGACCAAGUGGUGGACAAAGCGGCGCACAUGAUGUCCAUUAUCCAGGACACGAUGCUUGAGCAUGGAAUGGUUUUGACUUGCGGAGCUGGAAAGACAGCUGCAAUUUUUGCUUUUCAUGGUGAAGGAGCCACAAAAGCGAGACAGGUUUUCGAGCGCACAAGCAGUGAAGGUUUGUGCAUUAUGUCCGAACACACAGGAUGUCUCAAGAUCCCAAUUGUUGCGCAUUACAAACAUCUUGGUGGACACAUCACAAGAACGGGAAGUUGUUUGCAAGAGAUCAAGGUGCGGACUGCCAGCACCAUGGCCAAGUUGCAUCCCUUGAACAAGUUGUUGAAAAACCCCAGCUUGGAGGUGGAGAAGAAGCGUCUUUUGAUCAAGAGUAUUGGCAUCCCAGUGCUCACCUUGCAUGCUGGAACCUGGACGGAUCUCACGCAGGGAGAAUACGAUGCAUGGCAGGCUGGUGUUUUCCGUACAUAUCAGCAGAUCCAUUCCAGAGACCACCAAGGGCAAGUGAAGCAUCUCCAGAUCCAUGAGUUGGCAAGAGAUAUGGAUUCACCAUUGCCUAUGGAAUUGAUGUAUGUCCAACGCUUGAGAUUGCUCUUCCACAUCAUGCAUGUUGCGGAUGAGUACAUGAUAGGCGCUGUUCUCCACAACCAUCAGAUCAUGCAGGGUCAAUCGUGGUUGCACGGUGCUGUGAAAGCAGUCAAUUGGAUGAGGAGGCAGAUCGGCAAUAUGUUGGUGCCAGAAGAGCUGAGUCACCUUGAGGAUGUGGCUACGUGGAAAGAUUUUCAGCCAUUUGCAGUCACCUUGAAGCGUGGCCUGCGGAAGGCACAGAAGUCUCAUUUGCUCAAGAUUAAGGCUUUUCUGACUGUGAAAACGCACGCGGAGGAACAAGAUCAGAUGUUGCGUGAGAUAGGUUGGAAGGGAGCAGAUGAUGAGGAGGUGGCCCAGAGAGACAGUGAGGUCUGUGUGUGUGAGGUGUGCCAUGUCACUUUUGUUUCCCAAGCAGCUUUGGCAGUGCAUCAGCAGCGCAAGCAUGGCUACAGGAGGUUUUAUCCUAUGGAAGUAGCAGAGGCCAAUCGUCUGGAUGAACUGGACAGAAAACAGGGACUUGCAAUGCACCAGACGGGGCUUUUGGAUGCAAAAGUUGAUUCCUUGUGGAGGCCGUGUGAUGAGCAUGAAAUGGUCUCGACUUUACAGAAUCGAGAUGUUGAUGCAUGUGAGACUGGCAAGCCAUCAAGAGAAGAAUUGAGGCAGUGGUCAGCUUUUGGCAUGCUCCCACCCGGGCAAGGGGGUCGGAACAAGACAUCUCGUAAAGUUGGAGACAUGAAUGUUUGCAGCAUCAAUAAGGCGGCAGCAACUUUGGAAGCAGAUUUGCUAGGCAAGCUGAAGCAUUGGCAACCAGCAUUUGAUUGGAUUCCACGGCCGAUGUCGACAGGCCAGAAAUAUGUGUUGAUCCUAUUUUCUGGUCAUCGCCGACAUUCGGACAUUGCUAGCUGGAUGGAGUGGCAAGGCAAUAUCCAACCGAUCAGUGUGGAUCUUGCCAUCGAUCAAAAAUUUGGCAAUAUCCUUGAUGAUGUUUUGUGGCGCCGCCUCAUCAUGGCGCGCAAAGUCACGGGGGUGCAUGCUGCACCCCCGUGUGAGACUUACACACUGGCACGAUGGAUUGAGGUGAAUGAUGGCCCAGCACCGAGACCAUUACGUGACAUGCAGUCUCCUUGGGGCAAGGAUGACCUCACCAUACAAGAAGUUACCCAGUGCUUUGUAGGAACUUUGCUCAUGAUGAAAGCGUUGUCCCUGAUGGUUUUGGCAUACUGCUAUGGUGCUUCCUUUUCUUUGGAGCACCCCAAAGGAGUGGAGGGUCGUGAAGGACGCUGGACGAUUUGGGAUUCAGCAAUGAUCCAACAACUUUUGUUGGCAGCAGAUGUCAAAAGAAUUGAUUUCAUUCAAGGUCCGUUAGGACAGCCUUUCACAAAGCCCACAUCAUUGCUCACUGGAAGGCUUGAGAAUUUUGCCAUGGAACUUUUCAAGCACUACCAACCGGGUUGGAAGCCAACGGAAUGGUUGGGUGGACGGGAGAGCAACAAAAGAGGGUGGCGCACGGCCAAAGCGAAAGCCUACCCCCCUUUGAUGUGCAAAGUGAUCGCUGAAGCUCAUUUACGUUAUGCCCAGGGUUUGACUGAAGAGGGAUAUGAAAAAGAUCCAGAACUCUUACAGCAAGCAUUGGAGGCUCUGGCCGCUGGAUUUGAUCCGUACAUGGUAGGAGCAAAGGGCACAGAAAUGACGAGCGACUACUGGAAGAACAUGGGCGACAUUUAG